AGUACAAAGCGAAACCGUUCAAAACUUUCCCUCCUAUUUCAUCCACCUUCCAAACUCUCCCCUCUGUCACUGCAUCAUCACAUUUAAUUCCUUCUAUGUAUAACUCGCUAUCCUCAUGAAGCCAGCCUUAAAUUUCAAGUCCCUAAACGUCCCGAGACCAAAUCUCGCCCCCUUACGCAUCUCCGAUAUCUUACUCGCUGCCGACGACGACGACGUUUUAGACGAGCUUUCUAUUAUGAGCGAGUCUGAGUGUUCUAGGAGCAUAUGCUGUCCAUCGCCCCACCGGAUUGUGGCUCGGUGGAUCUCGGGGCUGAGGCGGACCAGGGUGAAGAGAAUCCCGGGUGAACAUGUGAAGAAAGAGAAAGAGACAGAGAGCAAGAUGGAUGAAGAUGAGAAAGGAUUGGGUGAUCGAGCGGUGCAGGCUAGAUGUUCGAUGAAUGGACUGAAAGGAUUGGGUGAACAUGUGAAGAAAGAGAAAGAGAUAGAGAGCAAGAUGGAUGAAGGUGAGAAAGGAUUGGGUGAUCGAGCGGUGCAGGCUAGAUGUUCGAUGAAUGGACUGAAUGGAUUGGGUGAACAUGUGAAGAAAGAGAAAGAGACAGAGAGCAAGAUGGAUGAAGAUGAGAAAGGAUUGGGUGAUCGAGCGGUGCAGGCUAGAUGUUCGAUGAAUGGACUGAAAGGUGGAAAUUCGGUGUCGACGACUGUAUGUUCAAUUUUUCCAGGAGAGAGCAGGAAAGAUACCUCUUUCAAUAUGGGAGUUGGGUGUUGCCUUUUGUAUCUAAUUGCAGCAAGUAAAAACGAGCUUAAUAAGAUAGUGCAGAUGAGGUUGCAAAUGGAAACCCUCCUCCAAAAUACCAGCGAAGAAUUGAUUAACAAAAGCAAUAUCUCUAAGCUGUCGAAACCAAAUGAUAUGUUUGCGUGCUCUGACACUGAUUCUCCACAAGGGCCACAGUUUGAAUCUCAAUACAUACCGUAGUCCUCAGCAG